CACCUCGCCCAAAACGCAGGAAAAAAAUAACAAAACGCAGGCUUCUUGUAAAGGAAUGAACAAUAAUGUACAUGGUCUCAGUUGAGUAAUGUACAUGGAAAACUUUGCAAAAGAAACUGAUUUGACCGUUACUAUUCACCAAUUAAUAACUGAAUAGAUGUCAACUGCAAAUCACGUCGCCCCAUGUACCAGUGAUCAUCAUAUUUCAACUUUUCACACUCAACCUCCAUAUUUCAUUCACAACUUUCUCUCUCUACCAUUUUCUCACUCUAUCAAAUUCUCUCUCUACAUUCUCUCUCACCACCACCGCAAUUCUCACCACAAAAACCCCAAUUCACACCAGAAAACUCCAAUUACCACCAUAAAAAUUCCAUUGCACCAUCCCACAACAUUGUCCUCUAGCGUUUAUGGACAAUAGCGACAAAAAAAAACCAAAACAAAGACGACAACCACCGCAGUCAAGAAACCCACGGCAACCAAGGCAAGCGAAAAAACUACCUUGCCCAAAACCACUCAGAAUAAUUCCUCCAUCUCCACAACUAACUAUGGGUGAAGAUAUUAUUCCUCCAAACGAUUCUACCACAACAACUGAACAGCAAACAGUACCCAUACCUGCAACAAAUAGCUCUCCAAUAGAUCCCACCCUCAGAGAAUCUAGGGAACAGCAAACAGGGCCCACCCCUGAAACAGAGAACUCUCCAAUAGAUCCCACCCUCAGAGAAUCUAGGGAACAGCAAACAGGGCCCACCCCUGAAACAGAGAACCCUCCACAAGGUCCCACCACAACAGAAUCUACUGAACAGCAACCAGGAUCUAUACCUGUAGUUGUUGAAGAUCCUUGCAUAGAUCCCACCCUCAGAGUAUCUAAUGAACAGCAAACAGGGUCCACCCCUGAAACAGACUACCCUCCAAAAGGUCCCACCCCAACACAAUCUAGUGAACAGCAACCAGGAUCUAUACCUGUAGUUGUUGAAGAGUCCACCACAACAGCUUCUACUGAAAAUGCUUCUGAUUCAACAACAUCUGAGAAGUAA